AUGGCAGAAGCCGUUGCUAGUCAGCCAAGCUUAGUGGCCAACAAUCAUGCCCUUUCGCCGAUGAGACCCAGUCCUCAGCCGCUAAUUGCGAAGCAAGAGAAUAACUCUGACAAUUUCUGGAAGUCUCAGUUGAAGAUCCCACCCAAGGAUCGUAGAAAACAGACUAGCGAUGUUACCAACACUAAGGGAACAAGUUUUGAAGACUUUUGUCUGAAGCGUGAAUUGUUGAUGGGUAUCUUUGAAAAGGGAUGGGAGACACCUUCACCCAUUCAAGAGGUUGGAAUUCCUAUGGCUCUGACUGGGCGUAAUAUCCUGGCUCGUGCUAAGAAUGGAACUGGAAAAACAGGUGCUUAUUGUAUACCAGUAUUGGAACAAGUAGUUCCGUCUGAGCAACACAUCCAAGCAUUAAUUGUUGUGCCAACACGUGAACUGGCAUUGCAAACAAGCCAAAUCUGCAUUGAACUAGCUAAACAUUUGGAUAUUCGUAUCAUGGUGACUACUGGUGGUACUGACCUGAAAGAUGACAUUAUGAGGAUCUUUGGAAAAGUUCAUGUUGUGAUUGCCACUCCUGGUCGUGUUUUGGAUCUGAUGGAAAAGAAGAUUGCGGUAAUGGACCGUUGUAAGGUCCUUGUUUUGGAUGAGGCUGACAAACUGCUCUCUCAAGACUUCAUGGGAAUGUUGGAUCGUAUAAUUUCGUUCCUACCAGCCAAGCGCCAAAUUUUGCUUUAUUCGGCAACUUUCCCUGUAACUGUCGAGGAGUUUAUGAGGAAACACAUUGAUAACCCAUAUGAAAUCAAUUUGAUGGAAGAACUAACACUGAAAGGUGUCACGCAAUACUACGCUUUUGUCCAAGAACGGCAAAAAGUGCACUGCCUCAAUACGCUGUUUUCUAAAUUGCAGAUCAAUCAAAGUAUUAUCUUCUGCAACUCCACUCAACGUGUGGAACUUUUGGCUAAGAAGAUCACUGAGCUGGGCUACUCGUGCUAUUACAUUCAUGCCCGUAUGCAGCAAGCUCACAGAAACCGCGUCUUCCAUGAUUUCCGUAAUGGGCUGUGCCGUAACCUCGUGUGCUCCGAUUUGUUCACUCGUGGUAUUGACAUUCAAGCUGUGAACGUGGUCAUCAACUUCGACUUUCCCAAGAUGGCUGAAACUUACCUGCACAGGAUUGGUCGUUCGGGUCGGUUUGGACACCUGGGUAUUGCUAUCAAUCUGAUUACUUAUGAAGAUCGUUUCGCCCUGCAUCGCAUUGAGAGUGAACUUAGCACUGAAAUCAAGCCCAUUCCUAAGGUCAUUGACAAAUCCCUCUACGUGGCCGAGUUCCAAGAAGAUUCCGAGGAGCAAUCAGGAAAGUAA